AACUGCCUGUGGCUUCCUGCCUGGUUGCUCUGCCCUGCUGAGGAAGAUGUCUGUAAGGGCUGCUGCUCCUCUCCUCUGUCACCUUGGGGUCCCCAGCUCAUGGUGGAAGUGUUUGAAAUCUUCAACCUGGAUCUGAAGGCUGGGGACAGCCUGAAGAUCAAGGGCAAGAUAUCUGAGGACGCUGAUGGCUUCGCCGUCAACCUUGGCCGCAGCUCCUCAGAUCUGGCAUUGCACUUCAAUCCCCGCUUCAAUGAGUCUGUCAUUGUCUGCAACUCCAAGUGCUCCAAAGCCUGGCAGAAUGAGCAUCGUGACAGCCACUUCUCUUUCUCCAAGGGCUCCUCUAUCAAGCUCGUCAUUGAAUUCCUGGAAGACAAAUUCCAGGUCAAACUACCAGAUGGGCAUGAAGUGGAGUUCCCUAAUCGACAUGGCUAUGACAAGAUCACCUACAUGAGUGUCAAGGGAGGAUUCAGGGUCACAUCCUUCAAACUGGACUGAUGGGCACCGCUUCCUAUCUCUAAUAAAGAUCCAAGCAGUGGGGCUGUUUGCUCCAGCUGCACUGGCUUCCAUGA